AUGUCUAUCGAAGAUGGAAAACAGUAUAUCCAGCCAAAAAUCGCUAAUCCUGCACCACUUGGUCUCUCAGCUUUCGCAAUGACUACGUUUAUAUUAUCAAUUAGUAACGUCGGCACACCAAAUGUCACAGCGCCAAAUAUUGUCAUCGGUUUGGCUUUAUUCUAUGGUGGUUUUGUUCAGAUAUUGGCCGGUAUGUGGGAGUUUCGAGCGGGUAAUACCUUUGGUGCUACAGUCUUUUCUUCAUAUGGUGGUUUUUGGUUAUCAUUCGGCGUCAUUUUGAUCCCUGGGUUCAAUGUUCUCUCGGCUUAUUCCAGCCAAGACUUGGAACAUGCAAUAGGUAUUUUUCUUGCUGGAUGGACCAUCUACACCUUUAUGUUGCUAUUAGCCACUCUCCGCUCGACUAUUUUCACGGUUGCCUUAUUCUUCUUCUUGUGGAUCACCUUCUUACUUCUCACCAUUGGCAAAUUCACCCAUGCCGGAACACCAGUGAAUGAGUUGACCAGAGCUGGUGGUAUUUUUGGUAUCAUUACUGCAUUCCUUGCUUGGUAUAAUGCACUCUCUGGUCUAAUUACAAAAGAGUCUUCCUAUUUCGCUCUUCCUUUGUUUGAAUUGAGCGAUAAGCGCAAAUGA